CAAAUAAUAUGAUCUUCAAAUUUUCAUUUUCAUUCUGUUCUCUUCAGCAAAUAAUAUAUAUAUAUAUACAACCACGUGUUUCCUCUUCUGUUUUCUUUAUUUUUUUGAUUCUGUAGUCAGCCCUAGAAGCCGUAACCUUUCAUGCUUCCCUUUGAUAGCUGAAGAACCAAGCUUUCGAAAGUCAAACAUACAGAGAAUCACCAAAUGUAUCCGAAGGUGAAAGUGAGAGAAGACAGAGACGAAGAUCAUAAACGUGAUGUUGCAGUUGAUCAUAAAGUAUUUGCGUCUCUCCCCAUACGUGUCUCUUCUUCUUCUCCUCCUGUGAAAGAGGAGCAGCAAGAUGUUUCCCACCGUUUGUUCCAAGAAUUCAAAACACUCGUGUGCUUAACGCAGUCAAUGUUACACCCACUGUUUCUAACAGCAGAGAACCAGAGAAGCAUGAUAGAAAGGUUGAUGAAAAGGAUAGAUCAAAUAUCAGACUCACUUCUUCUUCCAGUUCCGUCCUGCGUCCUCGUGCUGUUUUAUCAAGUCCUGACAACGAUGCGAUGAUAGGAAACAAAAACAAGAUCGGAGCAAAUCGAUCAAAAGUUUUGAGGAACCAUAAUUUUAUUCAAAAUAGACAUGUGAGCGCCCAAUGUAAAGUUGCUCCAAGCACCAAAAGUCAAAUGCACACAAAUUUGUCCAAUGAGGCUUCUGAUAAGAAGAGUGAUCUUAAAGGGAAGACGAGUUCAGUGAUGGUCACUCCAACUCAGAGAAGCCUUCGGCGUGGAAAAUCUUGCUUUGUGAAAACUUGAAUGUGAUAUGUGUUAUCGGAUCAGUCGUAUCAGACUUCAGAGGAUUGUAUGAAUGAAUACAGAGUGUUUUUCAUUUCUUUUUUCCCCUUCUGGAAAAAAGGUAAUUGUCCACAUGAUGGAAGACAAAAUUAAUAUCUAUACAAUACUUGGGUUUCUCACUGA